UUGCUGAGCAGCGACAGAAGCCAGCCCCGGGGGCCGACAAGGGCGGAGUAGGAAAGGCCAGCGUCAACCCGGUGCCCACCCCCAGCGAUGGGCGUGCAGCCCCCCAACUUCUCCUGGGUGCUCCCGGGACGGCUGGCAGGGCUGGCGCUGCCGCGGCAACCCGCUCACUACCAGUUCCUGCUGGACCUGGGCGUGCGGCAUCUGGUGUCCCUGACCGAGCGCGGGCCCCCUCACAGCGACAGCUGUCCCGGCCUCACGCUGCACCGGCUGCGCAUCCCUGACUUUUGCCCGCCGGCCCCAGAACAGAUUGACCGAUUUGUGAAGAUCGUGGACGAGGCCAAUGCCCGGGGAGAGGCCGUCGGAGUGCACUGUGCCCUGGGCUUUGGCCGCACUGGCACCAUGUUGGCCUGCUACCUGGUGAAGGAACGGGGCUUGGCGGCGGGAGAUGCCAUUGCUGAGAUUCGGCGCCUGCGACCGGGAUCCAUUGAGACGUAUGAACAAGAGAAAGCCGUCUUCCAGUUCUACCAGCGAACAAAAUAAGGGCUGCACACCAGCCUCAGAUGCACUCAGCUCAUCUAUUGCCUCCAGCACCCAUGUUGUCCCCAGCCUCAGACCGAGGGAUGCUGGAACUGAGUCUUGGUGGUCAUACAGAGUAGCUAUUAAGUAAGGAAAUAAAUAAUGCUGAGACUGUGAA